CUCAGGAAGGCGGAAGUACCGGUGGACCCCCGUGUGUUGUUCUCCUCGAAUGCUACUUGUUUUUAAAGAGGUGUCAUCAUGUCGAAGCAGCCGCUGGGGAAGACGUUGUUGAGGAAUGUAAUCCGCCACACAGACGCUCACAACAAGAUCCAGGAGGAGAUGGAGAUGUGGAAAAUGCGGGACUGGGAGGUUCACGGGGCCCACCGUAAACAUUUAUCAGAUGCAAAGAGUCUGAGUGGGCAAAUGCACUGCGAUCGAGUGUCAAAUCAGCCCAGAGAGCGAGUCUCAGAACAUGAUGAUAGAGGGGCCCGAUACUGGAGUCGCAAACUGGAUGAAUUUGAGGCCAAUGAUCCUGAUAGGUGGGGACAUAGUGGCUUCAGGGAGCUCUAUCCUGAGGAGUUUGAAAGUGACAGUGAAAAAAACAGUGCCAGAAAGAAGAUUGGCCGCCACAAAAGGAAAAAGUUCAAGUCUGACACAGAAGCCAGCUUAUCAAAACGUUCAAAAAAAUCCUCUCGGAAGAAGAAAAAGAAAAAGAAAAAGAAAGAUGAGGGGGAAAAGCGCAAGAAAGCAGAGUUCUCGAGCAGCAACAGCAGCAGCGAUGAAAGCAAUGCUACCAAAGAUAAGCAGCAGAGGAAAAGGAUCAAGAGUCCACAUAAAAGCAAGAAAAUUGCAAAAGCUAGAGGGAGACACGAGGACAGCAGCUCAGAGGACAGUGAUGAUGAAGGAGAAAGAGAGAGACGUACUCAGAGACGCAAAAAGCGAAAACAAGACUCCCACAAAGACUCAGACUCAGGGCCAAACUCCAAAAAGAAGACCAGGAAAAACUGGAAAGCAGCAGGUGAGGAGAGCUCAGAUGAUAGUUCCAGAGCCUGAGGUUGAAAGACACAAACAGACACAGAGCUCAGCUAACGACCAGGAAAACUACUGUAGACUCCUUUGUUCGCCUUAACUUCACAGAGCUUUUCUCUGCAGGGACAUUCUGUAUUGUACUUUGUUAGACAUCAACAAACCUGUGCUGUCGGCACUCUGUGGGCGUUCUGUAUAGCAAUACCUCAUCCACCUCUGCAGUGGUUUGAAGCACACUGUAGCAUGAAGAGUGAAGGUGGGGUAUCCACACCGGCCUCAUUAAGAAUUCUGUCGGCUGCAGGCUCAUUGAUUGAUCAUUGACUCUGGCCUCAGACUGUCUGCCUCACAUGGAGACCUGUCCUGAGUGUUUUUUAUAGCAAUUUUUUAUUUGAGAGGACAGAAAAAAAUAUGCAAUUUCCUCAUCACAUAUGACAGAAUGUGCUUUUAUCCAUUUUUUUUAGUUUUGUAAUUUUUGAUAUUUGUAAGUAGCACACUGUCAAGAUGAAAAAUAAACAUCUAUUUUGUUGUUUUUCUUUUUUUAAAAAAACUUUGUUAUUUUAAAAUGUCGAAUAAACAAGUUU